AUGAGGCGUCUGCCAGGUGCGACUUUCGCCAUCGUGGACAUCAUCACCUUUCAUCACUCAGACCAUGUUCAUGACCCUGACCUUGACCUUGAUCGCUUCGGCAAAGCCGCGCAACCAACAGAAGCGGUACCAACGGUCUGGUCGCUAUCCGCGCCGGCAACGGCACCGGUUCUAGCACCAGCAGCUCCCAACAUGCUGAUCGACAUCAUCGAGAUGCCAUCAACCGGCGUUCAGAUGGGCACCCACCCUUCGGACAAAUCCCGGAGCCCCAUGGCUUGCCAUUACGAUUCCAUCAGACUACGUCUGAUAAUUGGUGCGAGGAUAGGUAGUGCCAUCCUCACCACCGUGACUGACACCGCUCUUUCUUCUUUGACAUCUUUCAACUAG